AUGAGCAGUUACUGUAAUAAACGUCCGGCCGACAUUCCUGGCUUCUCUCAUAUCAAAGGGGAUGUGGUCUUAAUCCACGGCUACAAGGGAUCAAAGUUAUAUAAUACCGUUUCCAAGCGUACUGUAUGGGUCAAUCUCCACACCCCGCUCAAUCCAUACUCGAAAGAGACUAUUGACCUUCCGCUUCACAUUACCGGUAACGAAGAAGAUAGAAUAGUAGCAGCCAAAAUAAUGAGGAAAAUUGCCCACUACAAAUUCUACGAUGCUAUAGUAACGCAUCUGAAAGCAAUCCAAAAUAGCAGAAAGUUGUCCAACGACGAAAAAAGUUUUAGAUUGCAUACGUUCGCAUACGACUGGAGACGAGAAAACGACGCAUCGGUGGAAACGUUUACCGACUAUCUGAAAGACAUCUACAAAAAUAACGGAAACCGGCCCAUCUACGUCAUAGCCCACUCCAACGGUGGCUUAAUCACACUGACGACGCUGCAUCGCCACCCUCAUCUUUUUGCUGGAUGUAUAUUCGCUGGCACUCCAUUCCACGGUGCGCCAGGUAUUUUCUGGGAAUUAAAAUACGGGGCACCUGUGCUUUUCAAUAAAAGACUCCAGGACAAGGCUGCUGUAUUCUCUUUACGGACGGCCUAUGGAUUUCUGCCACCAGCGGCACCCUUCGUCGACUCGAUCACCAAGGAAGAUAUAGAAAUCGAUCACUACGAUGUUGAGGCGUGGUUGAACAACGACUGGACUGACGUUAUCCACGAGGAAACUUCCAGACAUUUGCAAUUGGGAACCAAAGAAGAAAGAAUUGCAUAUUUGAAGCGAUCCUUGGAGACGGCAAAGAAAUUCCGCGAGGGCUUGAAAUACAAAGGACCAAACUUUAAGUACCCGCCCAUCUGUACUAUUGUGAGCGGCGAGCAUCUUGCAACCGGAAAGUAUCCUGUUGAGAGAUCAAUGGAUGGGAAAUUGAAAAUUCUGUACUAUCAGCGAGUACCUGUUGCUGGUGAUGGAGUUGUUCCGUUCGAGAGUGCAAAGUUGCCCGAAGGAAUACCUCAUGAUAUCGUACUCUCUAAAGAAACUCAUAGUACGCUACUGGAAGAUUUAGAGGCCGUUGGGAAGGCCGUCGAGAAGGUGUUUUCAAAGUAA